AUGGACUGCAACUUUGAACUGCCUUCGCUGAGGGCCACUUUGAGACUAGGCGCCCCAACCAAGUCUAGGCUGAGCUCUACUCAGUUCUACGAUGUAGACUUCUAUCCCUAUACCGCUCCCGGCCACGACCCUGUUUUCGCCGUGUGCGGAGGUCCAUUUACCAUCAUAUGUCGGUGUAAACUCGACAGCAACGGAACCGUCGAGAUCCUGCGGUGGUUUGAAGAUGACGAGGCCACUACAGAACACGGCACCUCCGACGAUAAGGUCAACUACAACAGCAUCGUAUGGUCUCAGGCUGAAAAUGGCGACCCGCUCGUCUGCGUCACGGGAGACUCUCGCAUCAAGGUCUUGAAUGUCCAGACCGGGAAGCUCACAGCGACCCUGAUAGGCCAUGGCGAUUCUGUCAAUGAUCUCGCCAUAUCGCCGAUAGACCCGACCAUUCUCGCCUCCGUGAGCAUUGACCAUAGUCUCCGAAUAUGGAGCCUACACCCCGAGCACGAAAAGCAACCCCUCGGCGCCAUCUGUUACGGGCAAGGCCAUAAGGACCAGGCAUACCACCCGAAAGGUCGGUACAUCCUCACAGCGGGUAUGGAUACCAGGAUCAAUUUGUGGGCAGUACCCGAAGACCUCAAGGAACACGCUGGCACCGACAAGCCGGCCAUAGUGCACUAUCCGCACUUUUCCACCACCGAGAUACACACUGACUUCAUCGACUGUGUCCAAUGGUAUGGUGACUUGAUCCUCAGUCAUGCAUGUCGCGAGAACAAGAUUAUACUUUGGGGUAUCGAUCGAUUCAAUUCCAAUCGGUCUACGCCUCCUCCGCCAGUCCCCACAUCAAGCGCGGUCCACAGUAGAACCCCUGUUACCAUUCCAGCGAACUCGACCUCAAACACACGGUCGGCAUGGGGCGGACGCUUUCAGAGACUUCUGCAAUUCGAGUUGCCGCACACGAACCAGUUCUACAUUCGCUUCUCCAUCUUUCACGAGCUUGGCCGCCAUCCGAUUUUGGUCGCGGGCAACGAGAGAAGCAAGACCUUCUUUUGGGACUUACAGCGCCUUGAGAAAUCAGGGACCGGAGAAGAUGACUCUCUGAAUUCGAAAGGCUUACCGCUCAGCCUGCCUAGGCAUGUGCGCGAAGGAAGCUCGGCGUCUACUGCCUCAUCCGCCAUCAGUGCAGGCUCGGGCAACACUAAGACCAAACAAAAGCGGCAAAAUGAGCAGUCUCACGAUCGAGGCAUAUCCGACCCCUUUCGCUCGAUCAAAGCACACAAGAUUGUCGAGACUCCAAAGUAUAAAGCCUUCGCGUUCCGUCACUUUGCCUGGAGCCGUGAUGGUCAAUGGUGCGUCGGCGCCGGUGACUGUGGGACCAUCAAUGUGUUUAGUCGUUGGACUUCCCUUCCUCCAAUCGAUACAGACAGGGAAAUACCUACACAUGCGGAUGACGGCCCACAGAUCAGUCAGUCCAACCGCACACCAACAUCAGCCGCGCGCACGGCCGAUGUUUGACUCGGCACGAGCGUUAACUGACGUAGUAUGAGCAGACAAAGACAAGAUCACCGACUCGCUGGACGGCCUCUGUGAGGCAUAUGCGCUCCGGCAACAGAUGGCGGCAGAUCAAGGGGAACCUUUUGACGAAGACCUGAGACCUCUUCUCGAUGAAUAUGUGUCCAGCUUGCCAAGUCACGAGAGAGAUUUCGCACGUUCAGUAUGCGAGCGGUGAUCCAGAUUGGGAAGUAAACAGCUCCAUACGUGUAAACACAUGUGAACGCGGCCUCAUUGUACCACCCACAAAUGUUCGAACGCGACCGUAAAACUUUCUUGUCAACAUGGUCUCAGUUAUUGUGACUCAUGACAUCGGCAGCAUACGCAGAUGUGACGAUUGGUCUAUUGUCAUUGAGAUACAAUAGCCAACCCACAUCACCAAAUGUGGGUUUCGAGGGUGACAACA